GGAGCCACUGAGCCGUGCCUGCUACCAUUCCAGGUGUUACUGGAAAAUCCCUUACAGUUUUUCCAGGCUGCCUUGCGAGUCAGUGAUAUAAAUGACCACGCCCCGGAGUUCCUGGCUAGAGAAAUGCUACUACAAAUACCAGAAAAUACUGCACCAGGAAAGAUAUUUCCUUUGAAAAUGGCACAGGAUUUAGACGUGGGUAGCAACAGCCUUCAGAGCUAUGUAAUCAGCUCCAAUUCUCACUUCCACGUUCUUACUCGAAAUCGCAGCGACGGCAGAAAGUUCCCAGAGCUGGUUCUGGACAAAGCGCUGGACCGCGAGAAGCAAGCGGAGCUCAGGCUAACCCUCAUCGCGGUGGACGGUGGGUCUCCGCCCCGGUCAGGGACCACAGAGAUUCAGAUCCGGGUCUUGGACGUUAAUGACAACGCCCCUGAGUUUGCUCAGGAGCUCUAUGAGGCGCAAGUCCCUGAAAACAGCUCCCUUGGCUCUCUGGUUAUCACCGUGUCAGCGAGAGAUUUAGAUGCAGGAUCCUUUGGAGAAGUAUCUUAUGCUCUAUUUCAAGCUGAUGAUGUUAGUCAGCCCUUCGAUAUAAAUGCAAUCACAGGAGAAAUUCGACUGAGGAAGACAUUGGAUUUUGAGAAAUUUAAAUCUUAUCAUGUGGAUGUUGAGGCCACAGAUGGUGGGGGACUAUCAGGAAAAUGCUCUAUAGUCAUAAAGGUUCUGGACGUGAAUGACAAUGUCCCUGAAUUGACCAUGUCCUCUCUCAUCAGCCCCAUCCCUGAAAACCUGCCAGAGAUAACAGUGGCAGUUUUCAGCGUAUCAGAUGCAGAUUCUGGACACAACCAACAGGUUAUUUGUUCUAUAGAUGACAAUCUCCCCUUUCUUCUAAGACCUUCGGUGGAAAAUUUCUACACCUUGGUAACAGAAGGAGCGCUGGACAGAGAGCUCCAGGCCGAGUACAACAUCACCAUCACCGUCACCGACAUGGGGACCCCCAGGCUGAAAACCCAGCACAACAUCACCGUGCAGGUGUCCGACGUCAACGACAACGCCCCCGCCUUCACCCAGACCGCCUACACCCUCUUCGUCCGCGAGAACAACAGCCCCGCCCUGCACAUAGGCAGCGUCAGCGCCUCGGACAGAGACGCGGGCGCCAACGCCCAGGUCGCCUACUCGCUGCUGCCGCCCCGCGACCCCGGCCUGCCCCUGGCCUCGCUCGUGUCCAUCAACGCGGACAACGGGCAGCUGUUCGCCCUGAGGGCGCUGGACUACGAGGCCCUGCAGGCGUUCGAGUUCGGCGUGGGCGCCACGGACCGCGGGUCGCCGGCGCUGAGCAGCCAGGCGCUGGUGCGCGUGCAGGUGCUGGACGCCAACGACAACGCGCCCUUCGUGCUGUACCCGCUGCAGAACGGCUCCGCGCCCUGCACCGAGCUGGUGCCCCGCGCGGCCGAGCCGGGCUACGUGGUGAGCAAGGUGGUGGCGGUGGACGGCGACUCGGGCCAGAACGCCUGGCUGUCGUACCAGCUGCUCAAGGCCACGGAGCCCGGGCUGUUCGGCGUGUGGGCGCACAACGGCGAGGUGCGCACGGCGCGGCCGCUGGGCGAGCGCGACGCGGCCCGGCACCGGCUGCUCGUGCUGGUCAAGGACAACGGCGAGCCGCCGCUGUCGGCCAGCGUCACGCUGCACGUGCUGCUGGUGGACGGCUUCUCGCAGCCCUUCCUGCCGCUGCCCGAGGCGGCGGCCGCCGCGGCGCGGGCCGACCCGCUCACCGUCUACCUGGUCGUGGCGCUGGCGUCGGUGUCGUCGCUCUUCCUGUUCUCGGUGCUGGCGUUCGUGGCGGUGCGGCUGUGCAGGAGGCGCAGGGCCGGCUUGGCGGGUGGCUGCUCGGUCCCCGAGGCCCGCUUCCCGGGCCACCUGGUGGACGUCAGCGGCACGGGGACCCUGUCCCAGAGCUACCAGUAUGAGGUGUGUCUGAUGGGAGGCUCGGGGACCAGCGAGUUCAAGUUCCUCAAACCGAUUCUCUCCAACUUUCCUUCUCAAGGAACUUGGGAGAGAAAUGAAGGAAAACCCUACCUUUCAGAAUAG